AUGGAAAAGUAUGCUCUAAAAAAUAUAAACCAGGGCUCGACACUAACUCUUCAACUCAUUAGCCAAGUGGAUAGUGGAUGGGACGACCCACUCCCAGACAGUCUCCUACAAAAGUGGCAGCGAUGGCGAGACUCCCUCGCCGAAUUAGAAAGGGUCACAGUGCCCCGAUGUUACCACCCAGCAGAUUUUGGUAGAGUCGCUCAGGCAGAACUACACGCAUUCUCCGACGCUAGUAAAGAUGCCAUAGGAGCCUGCGUUUACUUACGCUUAGUCAACGAUGGCGGAGAGGUAGCCACGUCCCUUGUGUUUGGCCAAUCAAAGGUUGCUCCCCUACAGACUACAAGCAUCCCACGUCUGGAGCUCUGUGGAGCCGUGCUAGCCACACAAGCCGUCGCUAGAAUAUUGAAAGAAAUAGACAUCCAAAUAGAUAACAUUAAGUUCUACACCGACUCGAAGGCAACUCUUGGCUACAUCCAAAACGAGAGCCGAAGGUUCUAUGUCUACGUCGCCAACCGAGUAGAAAUUAUCCGUAGGGUCUCCUCACCCGAUCAGUGGAGGUACAUUGAGACAAGUGACAAUCCCGCGGACCUAGCCACACGUUGCCUCAAUGCGAGUAGUCUGGCCGACUCAGCCUGGCUGAAGGGACCGAGAUUUCUCAGAAACCCAGACGCGGUACAGCCUCAACGAGAGAAUAUUCAACUAGCCGAAGACGAUCCCGAAGUUCGAAGAGAAGUGAUAGCCCACGCAUCAUGCAUAUAUAAAUGCAGAGGCCUCGGAGCGGAGAGAUUUUCACGUUUCUCCAACCUCCACUCCCUAAAACGCGCGAUUGCACGCCUCAUUGUCAAAGUUAAAGAGUUCAGGCGUCAAAAGAAUGAACAAAGGCCACCGAAAGCCAGACAAACCUUCAGGAGUCCUACAGCAAACGAGCUAAAUCAGGCAAUGGACGCGAUAAUCCGGGCAGCACAGAAGGAAGCCUUUGGCGCAGAGUUAACGAACAAAGAUCUCACGGAACAGAAAGAAGGGGAAAGAUAUCAGAACACGGUAAGGAAGACAGCCCUGAAGGGCUCCCAGUUUUACGCGCUUGACCCGUUUAUCGACGCCAAUGGAAUUGUUCGGGUGGGAGGACGACUUAGGAGAGCAGAAAUGGAGUAUGGAGAGAAGCACAAAUGCAAUCUUACCAAAAAACCACCAUGUGUCCGUCCUGGUAAUUCGAUAUUACCACAAAGAGGUCCAUCGCCAGGAUCGACAGAUCAUGAGUGGCAAAAUUCGCCAAGCCGGCUAUUGGCUGAUUGGAGGUCACCGCAUGGUAGCGAAGGAAUUAGCUUCUUGUGUGCCCUGCAAGAAGCUGAGAGGCCCCCACGUAAUCCAGAAAAUGGCUGA